CACAGAACAACAAUAUCAAAUCAAAUCAAUUUUCGGGUGUGAUGUGUCGCAUUGAAUGGCAUUGAAAUUGAAUAUUUUUUAUAAGAAUUUUUUAGAUCUACUGGACAUUAUUAAUUAAAUACCAACUUAACUGAGUGUAUCAACCAACAGUUCAUAAUAUUUGUUUUGUUUUGUACGGUGAACUUUAGAACAAUGUGAGUGUCCGCGACAUAUUGUUGUAGCAACGCACAAUUCUUAGAUUAAUUUAAGUUUAAUUAGUAUAUACGCGCAUUCUUAUCAUAAUUAUCUGUUCCGCUGCAACUGUGACGUCCAAUAUCGCGUAAUCUCCUAAGGUACGGCCAGAUGAAAGAGAAAGAGAUCAUUGGUCUCGCCAAAUUGCAGAACACGAUUCGCCGCUGCCGUGUGAACGCGUCGUUUUAGUUGUGGCAAAAAAUUAAAUGUUUUGUUAUAAAUAUAAAUGAAAAGUGUUCUCAACAGUGAUUCCAAUAUAUGUAAUGUAAUAUAGUGAUUUUGUAUGUGUCAAAAACGUCGCAAUCCGUUCCUAAUACGCUCAAAUUCGAUAAUGCAAACGUCGAUCUCAAAUCUGAAAGCAUUAAACAAAAGCAGUUCCUUAUAAUGGCUAGUGAUUUACAUUUAAUACGUCCAUACAGUGAAUUGAAGUGUUUUCACAAGUGAAUUAAGUGCUAGUUGUAAAGUUUUUUUUGUAAUUUCGCAAUGGGAAAUUGAUUUAUUCGCGCGGUUAGUGCACAACGCCAUCUGUUGUCGAGCGGUGAUGUUAACUUGACAAUGGAGGCCGGUUUCAUACCGGUGACGGCGGGGAAUGUAGGCGGAGCAGUUCCGCCGCCAACCGUCAUGGCGCCACCGGCGAACGUAGUUCGCGCCCCAGGGCUGAAACGCGGAAAAAUGGAGGAGGCUAUAUCGGAUCGGAUUAAGCUGGAGUCGGUCCUCGGAUUGACAGUGAGCAGCAACGCUGCGUUAGACUGCGAUCCGAACACCGAGCUGGUUGCCUAUCCUGCAGGAUGUACGGUGGUGCUGUACAACGUACGCAAGAACCGGCAGUCUCACGUGCUCAAUGCGUCGAGGAAGAGCGUCACUUGCGUUGCAUUUUCACCGGACGGUCGGUAUUUGGCCACGGGAGAGUGCGGCCAUGCGCCCGCCGUCCGAGUCUGGGACCUUCAGGAUCCAACCGCAUCUGGUGCAGUACAGAUAGCUGAGUUCCCGGGGCAUACGCACGGAGUCAAUUGUGUCGCUUUCUCAACAUCAUCCAAGUAUCUGGUGUCGGUCGGUUCGCAGCAUGAUAUGAUAGUCAAUGUUUGGGACUGGCGCGCUAACCUGAAGCUUGCUAGUAAUAAGGUGUCAUCUCGAGUUAAAGCAGUCAGUUUCUCUGAAAGUGGGAACUACUUUGUGACAGUUGGUUUUAGGCACGUCAAGUUUUGGUAUCUGGAAUAUUCGAGAAAUGCUAAGUUCAAAGAACCUGUUCCACUCAUGGGCCGAUCUGCCAUCCUCGGCGAGCAAAAGGACAACGAGUUUUGUGAUGUCGUAUGCGGCCGGGGAGAAUCAGCGGACAGCACGUACGCCAUUACGAGGGGAGGGCUACUGUGCGAGUUCAACAGCAGACGGCUACUGAACAAAUGGGUGGAGUUGCGGACAACAUCAGCGAACUGUAUGGCGAUAGGAUCAGAGUACAUAUUCGUUGGUUGCGCGGAAGGCAUAGUGCGAUGCUUCGCGCCCGAUUCUCUGCGAUACGUCACAACGCUGCCUCGAACCCACUACCUCGGCGUCGACAUAGCACAGGGGCAUAACAUCAACCACAUGUUCAGCCAGCCGAAUAACGCGAGGUACCCCGACGCGAUAGCUUUAACCUACGACGAGCGUAACCACAAGCUGACUUGCGUGUACAACGACCAUAGUUUAUAUGUGUGGGACGUCAGAGAUAUUAAGAGGGUAGGAAAGUCACACUCAGCGCUGUACCACUCUGCUUGUAUAUGGGGAGUGGACAUGAUCAGCCAGGGCCCCCUGGGCCCGGGGGCCUUUCUCUCUUGUUCCAGCGACGACACUGUGCGGCUGUGGGCGUUGAAACCCAACCAAACCAAUAUUUAUAGCAAUGAACUUACCAAAGUACUGUAUAUUGACCCCGAGCUAAAGUUCCUGAAGGACGUGGAUCUGACGGCCACUAGUGAUAAGGAUAAAUCUAAGACCUACGAUGACAAGACUGGCGUCAGAUGCGUGCGCGUAUCCCCUUGCGGGCGACACAUUGCGGCUGGCGAUCGCGCAGGGAACGUAUGGAUAUUUGAUAGCUCAGGGGCCCUUCUACACACGCUCGAGGCACACGAUGCGGAGGUUCUGUGCCUCGAGUAUGCGCCCUCGCCUCGACUACUCGCCUCGGCGUCAAGGGAUCGCCUCGUCCAUGUGUUUCACGUUGAUCGGGGUUAUCAAAUACUUCAGACAUUGGAUGAACACUCAUCUUCCAUCACUGCCGUCAGAUUCUUGAGUUCCGGCAGCGGUCUACAAAUGGUCUCGUGCGGCGCGGAUAAAACGAUAUUGUUUAGGCAACUUAGAACUACGCAAGACGGCAGUUACCAGUUUGCUCGGGGUCAGAACGUGUCAGGAAGGACCACGCUGUACGAUAUGGAAGUCGAUGCGGGCGGGAGGCAUAUAUUGACUGCUUGUCAGGAUCGCAACGUACGGGUCUACAGCGCAUCUCACGGCAGGCAUACGAAAACCUUUAGAGGUACCACCGCAGAAGAUGGAACUCUCAUUAAGGUUGCGUUAGAUAGCAGCGGGAUCUACCUGGCAACAUCUAGUACAGAUAAAAUCCUCAGCGUGUAUGAUUACUAUUCAGGAGAAUGCAUGGCAACAAUGUACGGCCAUUCUGAGAUCGUCACCGGCUUGAGGUUUACUCCAGACUGUCAGCAUUUAAUAUCAGCAUCUGGUGACGGUUGCAUUUUCGUUUGGCGCGUACCUCAUGACAUGGUUGUGACGAUGAGGGCCCGACUAGCCCAACAGGCGAUACGACAGGGACGGAAAGUGGCGCCGACAAACGGCAUGUCAGGGUUAGAAAGCGAAACGGACUCUCAUCUAGGAUCGCCUCCGCGGGAAAUAACGGCUGAAGACAAAUUUACCACACCCGUCGUUCCGGAUUACACCCUUCGAAUAGGCCGUCUACCUUCAUGGGCGAAAAAAAGUUUAGGUGACGAGUUAACUACGGAUUCGCCGCGGCCUGCGCCGGGUCAAAUUCCUCCUACACCACCUACAAGAGGAAAGUGGGCUACUAGAAUAUUACCUAAUCCUGAUAAACGCGUUGACUCGGAUGGGUCUAAAGACAGUUCGAUAGACAGUGGUACAGACACAAGGUAUAACGACAAGCGAAGAGAACCGGGUGGCAAGCAGAGGCCGAAAUCGCUCAACUUAUCCCAACUGCCGCGUGUUGAGGCGCUCUUCCGCAAUUUUGACGCCAACAUGAAAACUACGUACGAUAUCUUGUCAAUAUCGCCGAGGGUCGAGAAGGUGACGUUAAAUUUAUCGAAAAAUCGAACGGUGGACGCACGGACGCGUCACCACACGGACGACUCUUCCCUCGGCAGUUUUAAAUUUGAGGAUCAAGAGUCGACGGAGCACGACGGCGAUAUUGAAGAUAUCUCGGACGGUGAAAGGACCUCGUCUUCAGAGAGCAGAAAUAGACCUACUUACUAUCCGGGCAACAAUGAUGAUGAAACUGCUAGUAAGUUCAUGGUCAACGCGAUGGAUCAGUUGGAGUUGCGGCAGUCGGUGCGACGUGCCCGACGCUGGGGUGCGGAAAAUAGGCUCGACAUACCCGCCGCGUCAGCUUCCUUGAGUGGCUCUCCGCAUGAUUCUGAAGAUGACGAGGUAUCGACACCUUCAGGCGAUAAUGCGGACCGAAACCCAUUAUCUGGUUCCUGUGAGUCUAUCGACACUGUAGGUAGAAGGGAAAACUACAUUAAGUCUGCCUUCGAUAGCCUUAGCGGCCUUGAAGCAGACACACAUGUUACCAGUAACAACUCCUUAUCAGCUCAGCAUCUGUCCCGUGGUCCACCGCCGAGGGUAGACCCCGAAGCGGCUCGAAAGCGAGAAGAAUUAAAUAGGAGGAUAUUGGAGACUAGGAGACAACUAGAAAACGUGGCGUUCCGAUCGAAUCUAAAAUCCAGUCAAUCCACCACAGACCUUUCGUACAUCCCGGAGAAAGAUGGCUCAAGACGAAAUAGACCGGUCUCUAUGGCUAUACCAAGCAAUUCCAGACCUUAUGGAUUUUCUAAUCCCCCAAUUUAUCACGAAGAAAAUCUAGAUAGCUUAUCUACUAACUUCUUUGAUAGCUUAAACUAUCAAAAUAUUAAUUUAGACUUUCGAAACAAAAACCCCUACGCCAUACCUGCAAAUUUAAACCACAAAAUAAUACCAGAAUAUUUUGACAAUGCACCACCCUACAUAUCGCCAAGAGUCAACAUUGAAUCAAACCAGAGUCUAAAAAGAAACAUGAAUGUACCAUCAAAUACGAAGCCAAUGGUUUUUAAAGACAGUGGACCACAAAAGCAGAACUUAUCAUUUACAGUCGACAUGAGUAAAAAGCCUGGGUCAAAAGUUUUUAAUCGCCUUUUUCCAACCGCAUGCGAAGAAAAAGAACCCCCGAAAUUGCCACCAAAAAAUUUUCAUUUGAAUCUUGGUGAAAAACCCCAACCGAAAACACCAAAACCCAAUGCCAGGAGUAUAUUUAAAAAUUAUAAGUCAUGUCCGGUAUCACCAGUGUCGGAAGAAUGUAAAUGGGCGGAUAAAGUUGCCCAACAUGAAAGUAAUCAAAAGAAGGAAAAACUUAAAAAACAUGCUGCUGACGCCAGAAAAAGAAAUUCACUAAGUUUUUUCGUAGGUCUCGACAGCAAAAUUAAAGACAGUCGAAAUAUUGUAGACACUAUUAAGAGUGAUACAGAAAAAAUGAUUGCAGAAAUAACAAAAAAGUAUGGCGAUCUUGAUGAAUUUGGACCAAAUAACCAGAGUGAUUUAGAUUUACAGCCGACUAAAGAAUUUCAGGAGAGGGAAGAUGGGAAUUUUUCAUCUGAUUCCCUCGAGGAUUGUAGUUUAAGUCAGGAUGUAAGUUGCAAGAAUAAACUCUUUUCUAAAAAGGUUUGCAAGAAGCAUACAAAACAAAACACCAUGCCUCGAAGAGCUGUUUCUGAUUAUGAAAUUUAUGGGACAUGUGAUAAACCUGUAGUUCCUUUAAAAAUGGUUUGCACUGCACAAAAAAGUUCCACUUUGCCACGAAAUAUGCCAUCAAAUCUGGAUGAUAUAAUAGAUGAAGACAUGCAACUAAAUUACAAUAUGUAUAGAUGUCAAAGUGUUUUGACUAAGCGAUGUAUAACUCGAUCAAAUGAGUCUGUUUUGAGUGAUCAUUCUAACUGUUCUAGUGUUUCCAAUGAAAUAUUCUUGAAAUAUGGCAAUGAGGUCGCAUUCCAACAAGCGAAAUUCCCAGACAGCCGUUACAAUUUAAAUGAUUCUCAAAAUUGUUCGUUCGAAAACAUCAAUGAACCUGACAUGAAAUAUUUAGAAAAUCAUAGGCACAGCAGUGCUAGUUUCUUCUUAAACCAGAAGAAAUAUAUGAAGUCAAGUUGUAGUCAAGAAUCAGUACUCUCAGAUGAAUUUCUAGAUAACGACAAUCAGAUGUUAAGAACGAAUUGUAAUUCUUUGGAAAGUGUUUUGUCUGAUGACUCUGAAUGUACAAAAAGUGCACCGUUAGAAAUGCUCUUCGAAGGAACGAGACCUCGCCAAAAUAAAAACAACCCUAUAGGUGUGCCAAACAGCCAAAGCUGUUAUGAAUUUGAUAAUACAUCAAAAAGUUACGGGUCCAGUCCAAAUAACGUACCAUACUUAACUGGGUAUAUGUAUAAUAAUUAUUUAGGUGCAGGAUGUAAUCCAAAAGCGGAAUAUAAAGAUCCAGCUCCAAUCGUCGUCAGCCAAAAGCCGUCGACAAAUAAAAUAUAUGGAUUUGAUAUUCCAGCGGGAGAAUUUUCAGGUCAUAAAACAGUUACACGUUCCAAAAGCUUGUACGACUCUGCUUCUAAGCAACCAACACCGGCUAAAAAUAUUGCCUAUUACUUUGACGGAAACAAUGUUCAACAGUAUAACAACAAAAAGAAAAAGGUUGAUGAAAUACCGCGAUUGAACACUUCUGAUUAUAUGGCAAAUACAAGUAAAUCACUCCAACCCAAAUUCUCUGAUAAACAUAAAUAUAAAAGUCAGAUGGAAGGAUGUGAUUCGAAUGCUAUGGUCAAAUCUAAAAGUUGUAGCUUCGAAGUUGUCUUGGAACCAGCAUCAAAACCAAAUCCUUUGAAAAAUCUAAUGGAAAAACGAAAUUCUCAUGUCAAGAAGAAUCUUGAAAAGUUCGAAGAUCAAAUAAGAAAGAACACACAAACUAAGAUUAAUAAAAAUCAACUCAACAAAGAUAAAGCGAACGCUUCUAAAUAUAAUAAUGCUACAAAGAGUCUUGAGAGAGAUUCAAGUCAAAAGAAUAAUAAUGCCAAAACAACGAUGGAAUUUGUGCCACAUAAACCUCCUAAACCAAUUAAAAGAACGUCUUCCAUUAAGCUUAAUAAUAGAUUAAAAGCCGGAUUAGAAAAAUCAACACUAAGUUCUUCCAUAACCUCCCAAUACAAGGCAAAAUUGGAUGGAUUGCAAAAUAAAAAUUAUAUAUCGAAUAGGAAACAAGAAGACAAGAACUCAAAUGUAGAAGAAGCACAUGAUAAUUCAGAAAAAACUUUUGAUGUUUUUAUCAAAGAAAAAGAUGUUAAUGAUAAUAGGUCUGAAAUGCAAAUGGAUAGUCUCGAAGUUUUUGCUAUGCAGAGAGUAGAGAAGAUGUCUCACGUGAGUAUGGACUCUUUAGAUGUAAUUGAGGACAGCCAUGAUUUUGCAAAAGAUUCUUUGGACUAUUAUGCCGAACAAGAAAAUAAAAAAUAUAGCAAAACUAUUAAAGAUCAGACGAAUUUCAAUUUUGCCAAAAGUAAGACAGAUAAACCUGUUCCUUCCCAUAGCGGCCAAAAUAUUGAGGCUAAAGAAAAUAUAGCUCCUAGAAAUGACGAUUUUGAAAAAUACAAAUAUAUCGAAAGAAAGCUAGAAAUUAUUAACAAGUUGGUAGAAAUGGAGGAACGGAAAAUACUGCAAGAGAAAAUAUUAAAAGAAUGGCGGAUGAAACCUUUGAAAGCCAAUAUAAAUGAUGGAAAAGGUGUGGUUAAAGUUCUGUCUAGAAAGUUCGAAAAGUUAGCUAAUAAACAAAAUACUGUUUCGAACUUCGCUUCUCUUACUUUAGAAGAAGCUGAUACAGACACUGAGAAUUCAGAGAAUAAAGAGAUAAAGCGCAAUUUAAGCUUGCCAGAUAUAUUAGACACAGAUCAAAUAGGCUUAACUGUAGAAGGCGUAGAUGUAUCAAAUGACGCCGGUAAUGAAAACAUUGAAGUAGAAGAACUUGAGCCUAAAGCACAGUUGAAUAAUGCGUUUCAAAAUGUAGCGAAACCGCGAAAGGCAUUACCACAAAGGGUUUACAACGAAAUGGUAAUACCUAAAACCGAUGUGCAUUUGGAUAGUGAAAAUUACGAAUCGUCAACAACCAGCUCUAGUUGUACUAAUUCACCUAAAAGGAUGUCGUUUUACGGCUUCAACCGACCAAAAGUUCCAUUCAGAAAAAUAAUUCGCGAACCACCACCUCGAAUGUAUACGGAAAAUCAGUAUGCAGCAUCAUCUAGUAGGAUAAGACCGGUUUUAAAUUCGGGAAAUGUCAUAAGGGGUUUAGUUCGAAAGUUUCCCAUCACUCCCGUACUGCCGUCGAAAUUCUCACCAAUAACAGCAUCGCGCAACCACUUGUCCUCUUCGGAGCCCGAAGAGACGGGGAUGAGGCGGGCCAUAUCACUGUCGGACCUCGCCGCCAAACCGGUGCCGGCGCCUCGGACGCCGCAAGCGUCAACAAAACCUACCCAACAAAUAAACCAGAAUUCCAGCAAAUCGCCGAGCGGAUUCGUGCGGCCGGCGCCGCGGUAUAGCAACAAGUCCAACAUGACAAGAAGUUCGAGCGUUGGCGUUCUGAACAACCAAAGUGACUCAGAGUCUGAUCCCACCCCCUCUCGUCAACAACCUCCCCGCGCAGGAGGCCUGAUGAGACCCACCAUUAGCUCCGCAAAUAAGGCCGCCGCGAAUUCAGCCAGGCGGCGCGGCCUAGCUAAUUCAUAUAGCACAGCGAGCGUCGCGCGCUCCGAAUCCAGUUCUGAAGCCGAAGGCGAAGUUCAGAGACCGAGGGCCGCUUCGGCUGAUAGAGGAACAAGGCGAUUAGGUCGAAGCGGCAGUGAGCGUGAUAUAUCGACGAAGGCUCGCGAAGUUACCGCGCGAUUAACGUCUAACAACAACAAACCGCAACGACCGAAGCAGGAGUCGCCGGGAGACGCGAAUUUGUCGUCGUCCCAGCUCUGCUCGGCGUUGACGGAACAGUUGACAAAGACGGCCAGCAAAGUUGUACAGUUAUACCGUACAUUGCAAAGAGAACCUGACUGUGCGGCAGAUAUUAGCGGGCUCGAAGCUGCAAUCCUAGAAACGCAGAAAGUUCUCCGUGGCGCUGUUCGGGCAACAAACGGUGAAGGGGAGCAUCUUAACAAUAGAGACGCAAACGACACGGGUAACCCAGCAAUGUCCCUCAUAGAGCAGUAUUCCGACAUUUUGCUGAACAUGAUGCAAAGCAAAAUGGUUAAUCAGUUCUCGCAGAGUCCACAAAGCCUCCCCCCCACUCCCAGGGAUCAGGACAGCUAGUACAUGUGAGUUGUGAAAAAAUGAACUAUGUGUUAAUUCGAAAUGGUUAACUUUCGAAUAACUGACCAUUGAAUUUUGGAUUUGAGUACCGGUUAUGUUGUUAAAUGAACACGUUGCUACAUUAUAAUUGAAGGAAUUGUGUGUAGUGGUCA